CCUAAAGAUACGUGUAACUUAUGUUAAAGUUAUUACAUGGUCCACUCUAAAUAAGAAUUUAUUGCCAUGUAAUAUAAUAAUAUUUUGACAAUCUUCAAAAAUUGAAAUAAUAUUGUGAAGAGAGAGAGAACAGUGUAAUGCGGGAAUAGUGGGUAUACAAAAACAUAGUGGGGGUAUCCAGUAACUGUCUUAUAACCGUUCCAUGCACAAAAACACACGCCCUCAUCAUAUUUCAUAGCACAGCUUUUACUACAAGGGAUUGGUUUGGAACAUCUCGAACCAUAUUAGUAGCAUUGCCACAAAAUUGAUGCUGUAUGAAAUGAUGGGAGAGAUGAAAAAAGGGCCAUGGAAAGCAGAGGAAGAUGAGGUUCUGAUCAACCAUGUCAAGAAGUAUGGUCCUAAGGACUGGAGCUCCAUUCGAUCCAAAGGCCUUCUGCGCCGCACUGGCAAAUCCUGUCGUCUUCGUUGGGUUAAUAAACUCAGGCCUGACUUGAAAAAUGGCGUGAAAUUUUCGGCUGAGGAAGAGAGGACAGUAAUAGAACUUCAAGCGGAAUUUGGGAACAAGUGGGCCAGAAUCGCAACAUAUUUGCCAGGAAGAACUGACAAUGAUGUGAAGAAUUUCUGGAGUAGUAGGCAGAAGAGGCUUGCAAGGAUUCUGCAGACUCCCCAGGCGCCAAAAUCUCAUAAAACGGACAGGGAAGGCCCAGUGAUUCAUGAUGUUCCCACUGUGAAGGCAUCGAAGCUCAGUUCUUUAACCAAGGAAGAAACGUCACCAAUAAACCUGUUUUGCUCACCAUCCUUCACUGUCCACAAUCUAAAACCAAUUUCUGCAGUGCCAUUCCCUGAACCAGAGCUAAAUUCCAACAUGUGCUAUUUUGAGCAGAACCUACUUCAACCGGAACUUGAUAUUAUGGAGACGAAGUCAUGGCAAGAUCAUCGUCAACAGAUUCCGCUCUCUUUCCAAGCAAAGCACCCACAAUUACAGACAGAAGUCCCUCUCGCGUCUGAAAGUCAAGAACUCAUACCUCAACUUGGAGAGCCCAAUUUUUUCGAAGUGUUUGAGAACGGUUCUGAUUCAGGUGGGAACAAUCCUCAUCUCCAGUACGUGUCGUCAUAUGGGACUGAGGGAAGCUGUGGAAACGAUGGAUGGAAGGAGAACGAUAACCCUGUGACGCCUGAUAGUUUCAUACAUGAUUUCCCAAUUGACAUGUUUGAUCAUCUGGAUAUGCUUCCGAGUCCGCCAGAGUGGUGACUAUUUGGUGUUGAGUUGUUUUUAUGCUGGUAUAGUAAGUAGGGUACUAGGGUUCUAUAUGCUUUGAUUCCAUGGGAUUGUUAUGUAAUGUAAGUAAAGUUGUAG